AAAAAACCUAUAAAAAUUAUUAAAAUUUAGAAAUACACUUAAUUUAUAAAACAAAGAAUUUCAAAUUUUUAUAAAAUGUCUGUUUAAAAUCCAUUUUUUAACAAUGAUUCUAGCGAUGAAGCAGAUAAUAAUAGUGUUGAUAACAAUGAAAAUGAGGGAAGAUAGUCAGUUGCUAAUCCUUUUAUGAAAUAAAAUAAAUCAAAAAAGGAUAAAAAAGAUAGUGAUGGUGAAGAUGGAGAUGACAAAUUGUGUAGUGAAGAUAGUGAUGAACAUGAUAAUAAUAGCGAAUAAGGAGAACAAUAAGGCAAAAAAUCGGUUAACUUUUAAAUAUUUAGUGAUAAGAAAAACAAAGAUUCUGAAUCUGAAUCAGAUGAAGAAUAAAAUAACAAGCAAGAAAGAUAAUCUGUAAUGGCUAAAAAGUAAAAAGAAUCAGAUGAUUAACAUUCAGAUAAAUAAAGUGAUGUAAAAAUGAUUAAAAAAAUAAAUUUUACUUUUAAUAAAUUUGUUUACAUGUUUUAAUGUUUUUGGUUGUUUGAAUAAUUAUAAAUUAGUAUAUUUAGAUCAAUUAAGAAUAUUAUUUAAAAAUAUUUUUAAACAAAGAACGAUGAUAAUUUACUUGGCUCCUCAGAUGAAAGUGGUGAUGAAAAAAAAGAAUAAUAAAAAAAAGAGAAAUAGAAAAAUAAGAAGGAUAAAAAAGAGUAAACACAUCUUAAGGUUGAAAAUGAAAGGACAUCAUAAGGUUUAAAAAUAAGUGCGAUGAUCAGAAAAGGAGCUGAUUAAGAAGUUGAUUUAAAUAAACCAAUAUUAGAAGACUCUGAUGAAGAACAGCAAUAAUAAUAAGAAAAUAAAUCAAGUAAAGUAAUGAGCAAUACUUAAAUUGACGAUAAACUUGCCUAGUUAACAGUAGAGGUAUAGAGAUUAACUGAAGAGAAUAAGUUAAAGUUGAAAGAAAUCGAAACUCUAACAUAUACAAUUGAUGAUUUAAAAGAAGAGGUUGAUCACUCAAAGGAAGAAAACUAAGAUCUCACUACAAAACUUUAAGAUCUUAACAAAGAACUUGAAAGUAAAAAUAACGAAUAUACUUAGAAUUUAGAAUAAAAGGAGAAAGAAAUUUAGCUGUAGCAAAAGCAAGCAGAAGAGACCACAUCCUAACUUUAACUCCAAAUUUAAACAUUGAAAUAAAGUGCCAAUCAGGAGAAUUUGAAUCUUAAUGAGUAGUUUGAGGAAAAAUUAAAUAAUAUUAGGGAAUAGGAAUUGUAGAAAUUCAAAUUAGCAGAGGAAAAUCAUCUAAUAUAAAUAGAAUAAAUAACAACCAAGCAUAAAAAGGAAAUAUCAGAAAUAGAGAGUAGUAUAAAAAAACUCACUUUAGACUCAAACAAAAGAUACUAAUAAAUUGAAGAAGUUCAUUUACUAAGCAUCGAAAGUUUAAAGUAAUAGCAUAUCAAGACAAUUGAAGCUAUGAAAGCUGAGCAAUAAGAAAAUGAAAAGUCAAUAAGAUAAAAAUAUGAAAAGCAUUUAGAUAGACUGUAGGACGAAAUAAAAGCAAUUUAAGAAGCUAAUCAAAAACUUAACUCUGAACAAGAAAAUAAAAUUUCAAAUCUUGAAGGAUAGAUUAAAGAUCUUGAAAAGAGCAAGAAUAAGUAAAACGAAGAAAUAAAAUAGCUGAAAAAUAAAUUAAAUGAAAAGAAUGAAAAGUUUGAUAUUAUGAGCACUAGUAUAGUUUCUACAGAGUCUUUAAGUGUGAGAGAUAGUGAUCUCAAGACAACAGAAUAUAUUAAAAAGAUUAAGAUAUUAGAGGAAUAAAUAAAGGACUAUGUUGAAACAAUCAAAGAUAAAAAUGAAAUUAUAUAGGCUAAGAGUAAUCUUAUAGAAGAGAAAAAUAAAGUUAUAUAAAUGAAUGACAUACUAAUUGCAGAAAAUGAAGAAUUAAUGAAAAGCAACACAGAUAAAAUUGAAGAACUUGACGAGCAGAUUCUAGAAAAAGAUAAAAAAAUACUCCAACUAGAAAUAGAUCUAGAUAAUGUUAAAAAGGGAUUUGAGAAGGUCUUAUAACAAAAUACAGAUAUGUAUAUGAAUUAAAAGUCUGAUACACUUAGCCAAUUGGAAAAUCUUACAAAUAAGAUCUAAGAGUAGUCAAAUGAACUUGAUGAAAAGCUUGAUGAAAUUGCUGAUUUAAAUAACACAAUCCUCGAUAAAGAUAAAAUUAUUAGAACUUAUAAAGAAAAAAUAGAUUAAUAUGAAGCUGAUUUAAAAUAAAAUAAAGAGCAAAUAACUUCUAAAACUUUAGAAAUUGAGAAAUUAACAGAAUAAAUAGGAUUCCUCGAAUUAGAAAACGAACGAUUCUAAUAAGUGCUUGCUCAUACUUAAGUGGAAAGGAUGAGUAUAAAGCAUGAAUUUGAUAAAGAUACUGAGUUAUUGUAGCAGUAAUUGAAAUCUGCUAUGGGUGAAUACAUCAAAAAAAUAGAGAUGAAAGACUUCGAAAUACAAGGCUAGGCAGAGCAGAUAAAUAACCUAGUUAUCUAGAUGAAUACUCAUUAAGAAGAAAUUACCAAAAAGAAUUAGAUAAUUGAAGAUCUAAACAAUGACAUUAGUAGGCUAUCAAAUAUUUAAAAAUCUUAACUGGAAGAAAUUAAUACUUACACUCAAGAAAUUGAGACUUUAAAAGAAAACUUGAAAAAAGAAGAACUAAAGUCUUAAGAUUUAGAAGAGUCUAAGAAGAAUUAAGAAGAUUAAAUUAAAUAAUAAGAAUAGAAUAUCAAAGAAUUGCAUGAGUAAAUAAAUUAAAAAGAGGAAAAGCUAAAAGAAAUAGAGAAGAGAUAAGAAGAAAUUAAUACAGAAAUACAAAAUUUAAAAGAUGAAAAAGAAAAACUAACUCAAAGUAUUGAAGAAGAUAAGAAGGUUAUCGAAGAGUUGAAUAAAUCUAUUUCAUAAAAAGAUGAUGAACUAAAAGAAAUUUAACAAUAAUGUGUAAAUCUUAAAUAAAAGAUUGAAGAAUUGGAAAAAGAUGUAUCUGAUAAAACAAGCGAAAUAAAUUAGCUCAACGAUUUAAUAAAAAAUCAUUAAGAGAAAAUAGAUUAGCAAGAAGAUUCCCUUUAAUCAAAAGAAAAAACAAUAGAAGAGACUAAGGAAGAACUUAAAAAAAAAAUAGAAGUAAUUGAAAAAUUACACGAAUAAUUUAAUGAAACAAACUAAACCCUUGGAUAAAGAGCCUAAGAAAUAGAAUAAAUCAUAGAGAAUAAACAGUAAAAAGAAAAAGAACUGUAAGAAAAAUAAAAUAAAAUCGAUGAAAAAUAGAAAAUUAUUGAAGAAAAAGAAGAAAUUAUUAAAGAAAAUGAACAAAAAUUAAAAUAAGCAAAUGAAUAAUUGGAGGAGAAUUAAAAUGCUAUAAAUAAAUUAUCAGAGUAAUAAACUUAGAGUGAAGCUGAAAUUAAAUAACUCUAAGAAAAACUCAAAGAUACAGAAGAAUUAUUAGCAUCUGCUAAGGAAAAUCUCUAAAACUCUUAAAAAGAAUUAGAGCAAUCUCAAGAAUCUUUAAGUUAAAAAUAAAAAUUAUAUGAUGAAGAACACGAAUUAGUAUAAAAAAAAGCUGAAUAAAUUACUAAUUUGGAAAAGGAGAUAAGUAAAUUAAAUGAAGAUCUUGAGAGUUUGAAACAGGAGCAUAAAUCUUUUAUUGAGAAUACUAAUAAAUCUCAUCAAGAAUAGAUUGAUUCAUUGAACUAAUAAAUUAACUAAUUUAAAUAAAAUAUUUCAGAAAAUUAAAAACAAAUUGAUUAAUUAAACUCAGAGUCGAGCUAGAAAUCAAACUAAAUAUCAGAUAAAAAUGAAGAAAUUUAAUAGCUUAAAGGAAAAAUUGAAACUUUAAACGAAGAUCUUAAUUCAUAAAAGAAAACUGCUGAUGAACUCAAAAUAUAAUUAACAGCUUAGCAAGAAAAUAGCAAAGAAAUUAAAAAUAUGUUAUAAUAAACUGAGUCUUAAAGAGAUAAGCUUAUGGAUAAUCUUAAUUCUAAAGAUUCAUAAACAGCUUAGUUGAAUUAAAAGCUUGGCACAUUAGAAUCACAAAAUGAACAAUAAAUUAAGAAAAUAUCUUCAUAAAAAGAAAAGAUUAAAUAACUGAAGGCUUCUCUAGAAUAAAACAACCUUGAAAUUUAAUCUAUAAAUAAACAACUCGAGCAAACUAAAUAGGAUUUAUAAAAAGAAUAAAACAAAUACGAAAAUACAUCAGGCCAACAAUCUUCCACUAUCGAAUAAUUAAAAUCUAAAAUAGCAGAACUUGAAUAAGCAAAAUCUUAAAACGAAUAAACAAUUAGCUCUGAGAAAUAAAAGAAUAGUUAAUUAGAGAAGGACUAGAAUAGCAUCAAGGAAGAUCUGCAAACGCUUUAAUAAACUUUAAAGGAAAAAUAAAAUGAAUUAAAAAAUUUAUCCUCUGAAAUUGAAAAGUUUAAAGAAGAAGGCAAAAGCUCAAAAUAAUAGAUUGACGAAUUAAGCAAAUCUAAUGAAGAAAAUUUAAGCUAAAUUAAUAGCUUGAAUAUACAGAUUUAAGUUUUCAGUGAGCAAAAUGAAACUAUUUCUGCAGAACUAACUAAGAAAGAUUAAACUAUUUCUAAGCUAAAUGAAUAAAAUUCAUAAUUUGAAAUAGAUAUUAAAACUUUGUAAAUGAAGAUAAGAGAGCAAAGUGAGUAAAUGAAUGAAGAAAAGGAAUUUUAGGAAAAAAAGAUUUAACAAUUAAAUUCAACAAUAGAUCAGCUCAAACUAUAAAUUAAGAGUUAGGUAGAAACAAUUAAUGCAAAACUCAAAGAAAAAAUUUAAGAAAGUGAGAAUGCUUUUGAUGAAUUAGAUACUACUAAAACUGAACUAUUAAAGCUUCAAGAUAUUAUUGAUGGCCAAAGAUCACAAAUAAUUACAUUAUAAAAUGAACUGGAAAAAUUAAACUAGCUAAAUUCCUAGUUACUUGAAGAAAAAAUGAAAGCUGAGUCAUAUCAUGUUAAAAUUUAAAACUAAGAAGAAAAGAUAAAAAGCAAUGCUGAAAUGAUAUAAGUAUUACAAGAAAAGCUAAAAACAUCUGAAUAAUAAGCAAAUCUUUUAAAGCAGUAACUUAAAAACAAACAGUAUUAAGAAGACGACCAAUAAAGAGAAACAAGAAAAUCAGUUAGUUUCCUCACCUCCUAAGCUGAAAUGAAUAAAUACUAAUUAGAUAACCAAAAAUAAAAAUGGGAUUAAUAAGAAGCUGAAUAUAAAAUAAAAAUAAACAGCUUAAAUGCAUAAAUAUAAUAACUGAUCGAAGAGAAGCAAAGCAAUAUUGACAUGAAAAAGUCAUUUAUGAAGGAAAGAGAAUCUGUUGUAGUUGAUAAAGAGAAAGCUUUGAGGGAUUUAAAAUAACUUUAUGCUUAAAGUAGAAAAAAUGAAGAGAGCUUAGAAUAAAAAAUAUCAGAAAUGGAAAAGGUUAUCCUAAAUAUGAACUAAGAAAUAGAAAGUUUAAGGACACAACUCAUAAGAGCAAAUCAAUAAAUAGAGUAAAUGGCAUAUGCAAGAAAAUAUGAAGCAUCUUAAUAUAAACAUUUGCUGCAAGGGGAAAUGCAAUCUACUGUUUAGGCAGAUUUAAGGUCAGCCAAUUUAUCUAAGGCUUUACAGCAAGAAUCUUUACCAACUUUAAAUAAUAUUUAGAAAUAAGGAAGCAAUAUGGGAGAACUAAAUUUGAGUUAGAUAAAUCACUCUUUUACUUAAAAGGAUGCAGAAGAUGACAACAUAAUGCUUGCAGAUUUAGCUAAUGAAAUUUUAUCACUCAUAUAACAAGGUGAUUAAUAAAAUAAUGAAGCUAAUUUAAAAUAAAGUGCCUCUGUGGGAGGAGAAAUAGCUAACUCUUCUCAGUUUGUUACAUUUACACCUGAAGAUGAGAAUCAAAUUUUAUCAAGUUUAUCAAAGAUAAAGAAUAUAAUAGCAUAAAAAUUAUCUCAAGAUUUAGUUAAUUUAUAAUCAAAGAAUAGCGAAUCAAACAGAGCUCAGUUAAGAAAGCAUCUAUUAAUUAUUAUUAAAGAAUUAAAUAAUCUUAACCAAUAAUAUGGAUUAGAUAGAUGGAAGAAAGUUAGAGGAGGAUAAGCUGACAAAAUUAAUCUAUAAACAAAAGCAAUAGAUGAAUUUAUUUAACAAUUUUCAAGAGUUUUAAUCACUUUAGAAAGUAAAAAUAAUACAAGUGACUCAAGUUUUACAGUCUAUGCAGAAUCCACUUCUUCUCGUUAAGAGUUUUUGAAAGUAAAGAACUCAUCAAGAUUAGAUGACUUGAUUAGAGCAAUGGAGCUCCAAGGUUUUUCUGAACAGCUGCCUAACUACUAAAGAUCAAAAACAAGUAGUGAAAUUCAACAAAAUUUGAAAGGAAUAAUUUAGGAGUUAGUUAAGUAGAAAAAAAGUAUUAUUUUAAGCUCGAUUGAAGUAACUCUUGUCUUAAUGAGCACUGAAUCGACUCAAGAGGGUAUGCAGAAGUAAAUAAAUGAUGUACUGACAAAAAUUCCUGAAUCUGAAAAAUGGAAAAGAAUAUUAUCCAUUUUACUUAACAGAUAUGCAUUUGCUUGCAUUCAAUCAAAGGUCCCUGGAUAGAUAUUAGAUUAAGUUAAUAUAGUUCCUGCUAUAAACCCAUAUAAUUAUAACUAUCUCUUAUGCUCUGAUAAUAAAUUUUUAUUUAGUUGA